AUGGCGGUUGCCCAUUCUGCAAGUUGCUCGCAUGAAUUCGUUAUGAUCAAAUCCGACACGACCAUCGUCCUCUGGAAUUGCAACUUGUGUCACUCUGGACCACAUUGGUACAUUUGGGAAUGCACCAAAUGCAAAUUCAAAGCUUGCCGACCAUGUUCUGUAAAGGCAUGA